AUGAAAUAAGGCUCGGUCAAAAGGAAAUUUGAGAGUUUCGGCUUUUGUUCUUCAAAUCCUUACGACCCUCGUGCUUAGAAAGAAUUGGUGUUGCAUAUUUCAAAUCAAGUUUAAAAGGGAAAUGAUUUUACAAUUAAAAUGUAUAGUUGGAUGAAGAUUUCGAUAUUGAAACAGAAAAUUCAUAAAACGACUAAAUUAGAUUAAGCAGACUUUAGGAUACUUUACAAAAACCAAGAACUCUCUCUAAAUAACGAAGAUUUAGAAGAUUAUGGAAUCAAGAAUCAUGUCACUCUAAAAUUAAUGGCUCGAAAGUAGGGACAACAGUUGUAUUUUAUCAACAGCAUUCACAAUAUAUUGGAGGAAUCUAAGAAAACUUAAGAGCAAUUUUAGAAUGCUAAAUGGGCAGUGGAAGGAGCAUUUAUGAAAGGAAUAACACCAAAAUUAACUGAUUUUGGUACUCAGGGCACUUAUAUUUUGGAGGAUUUAAAUCAUAAACCAGUGGCCAUUUUUAAACCUUAUGAUGAAGAGGCAUUUGCCCCUAAUAAUCCAAGAGGGAUGAGAGCCAAAAUGAAUUCUCCAGGACUUAGAUAAGGCAUAUUGUCUGGAGAAGGAGUGGAUCGAGAAGUGGCAGCAUAUUUGAUAGACCAAUUAUCUGGACAUUAUCAUAAUGUACCUAUAACUGAUUAUGUUUAAAUUUGUCAUCCUGCAUUUCAUGAGGCUGAAGAAUACAAAUAAUUUUAGUAUGAGAAGAUACCCUUAAAAGAAGGAUCGUUUCAAUUGUACAUAAAACAUGAUGAUAAUGUUGGAAAUUUUGGAAGUGGUCUGUAUCCUUCAAUUGAAGCCAGAAAGAUAGCCAUCUUAGAUAUUAGAAUUUUAAAUUGUGAUAGGAAUGAAGAAAACAUAUUGGUUCGAAAAAAAAAAGUUAAUCAGCCAGUAGGUUAAACUAGAUAAGCUUAUGAUUACUUUCUUAUACCGAUUGAUCAUGGUUAUACAUUUCCAGAUUCUUUCAAAAUAUGUAGGGAUGAAGUUGUAUGGUACCAUUGGGGACAAAUGGCUCAAUCAUUUACAUAAGAAGAAAAAAGCUUUAUUGAAAAGAUCGAUCCUAUUAAAGAUGUUGAAAUUUUAAGAGAAAAGGUGAAAUUGAGAGAAAUUUGUUUGAGAAAUGCUAGAAUAUCUACAACUUUAUUAAAGCUGGGUGCAUAGGCAGAUUUGACCAUCCACGAUAUUUCUGAAAUAUUAUAUAGAGAAGAUCCGGAUGAAUUAUCACCUAUUGAAAUUGCUAUUAGUAAAGCUGAAUACAAUUACGAUAAUAAUAUAAGAGUGCCCAAAGGAUAUUCAAAUUUUAAAGAAAAAAUAUUUUCAAAUAAUUUAAUUUAAAAAUCUUUAGAAUUUGAUUCAUCUACUUUACAAAAUCAAGAAAGACCUAAAUUAGGAUAAACUUUAAUAAAAUUGGAGGUCAUCAAAGAUGAGGAUGAAAACUAAAUUUCUAAUAAGGAUAUGCUGAUUAAAGAAACUAAAAAGAUUUAAACCUCAGACAAAAAAUUAGCUAGAGUUGGUUCUUAACAAGAAAUCAAAAGAUACCCAACACCUAUUGAGAAAGUAUGGAAUGAAGAUUUCUUCUCUCAUGUUACUUAUUUCUUGCAACAAAUCAUCGAGGGUAAGAUUUAGGAAAAGUCCUAAUCUCCUCGUAAAUACAGAGCAAGGUACAUCAGUGAAGAAGUCAAAUGA